GUAUUACACAACAUCACUGUUCCACGACAGCUGCCGACGAACCGCCGUGCUCCGCGAGCCGCGAGGCCUUUUCGUGAAUUCGUGAUUAUAAUAUCAUAUCACACGCACGCACGCACCAGCACUUCAUCUUGUAUUCACCGUCGUCAUUGUCGCCCGGCGCCGCCGAGGUUUACUUUUCUCGUUCAGCAUCCGUUUUCCAGACGCCGCAACAGCAGUUACAACCGCCGAAGUAUCAGCAGAGUAGUACGCGUCUUCGUUCGUUGCGACGCUUCGCCAGCUGUAGGCUGCCACGGUCCUUCCCGACUUAGCCGAGUCCUGUCUGCGAUUAUGCUUCGAUUCACCGUCGCAGGACCAAUGUCGACUGACUGUCGCCACAAGUCAUCUUGAAACUCCCAGUAAAAUUACUAUGGACAAACGUCAAAAAAAUAAUUAUUCACCAAGUACAACAGAAAAAACAAGUCCAGAAAAAAAGAAUGAAAAACUACUAUCAAACAUCGGUUAUGGAAAAAUUUUAGUUAAAACAGAAUCAAACAUAAUGAACAAUAGAGUUUCAGAUUCAAUUAAUUCGAUUAAACCAGCUGUGCUGACUGAUCAAGAUAUUAAUAAUUACAUACUAAAUUGUGUUUCAAAUUUAAAAGUUAGUGAUCCAAAAUCUCCUACACAUUCCAAGUUAUUUCCAUUCAAAUCAAUGGAUUUAUCUAACUCAACAGAUAGAUUACAAAGUAAUAAUUCUUUAGAUAGUAUGAACGGUACUAACAAUUUGUAUUUACAUUCCAACAUUGAUCAAGGUAAAUAUCCUAGAAGCAAUAUGACAUUAAAACCUUCAUUAUCAAGUCCACCACCAUACUGCACAUCAAUAGGAAAUCGAGACUCGCCAAGUCCUCGUGCUAGUAUUGGGUCUAUUAGUCAUGAAUUAAAAUCAUCUCCUUUAUAUGAAAAUGUUGAUUUUUAUAAUGGUGGUCGCUCUUCUACUCAAACUCCUACAUAUUACCAUCAAAGACCUAGACCAGGUUCACAUUCCAGUGGUGGAUCUCAAGACUCAAGACAUUCCAGCCCUAGAACUAGCAUAGUUUCUUGUGAAGGUUCUUCAGCGCUAUAUGAAUCAACUUACCGUAAAGCUCAACCUCAAGUUCCAGUCAGCUACCCCAAAUACAUUCCACCUAUGGGAAAGGAAGUUCCACCUUAUGAAGCACCACCUGUUUAUGAAACUUUAUCGGAUACUAAUAAAAAUUCAAAUUGUUAUGAACCUGCUAAACCUGGUCCACAAGUACCCACACAAUCUAUGGAUCAUAUUAGCCGUUACCCAGCUCAACAUGCUACACCAUACAUAAAACCCAUACCUACUAUUGUUCCACAAGCAAUAAAAGCCUUAUCAGAGUAUGCGUCUCAAACAAAUCCUCAAAACAUGAGAUCAUAUAAUUCUGCAAAUAAUGUAAGCUAUUCUCAAGAUCCAGUAACACCAAAAUCAACAUCAGUAGCAUCACAGAUGUGUGUAGUAGGGCAACCAGCACUUGCCGAAUCUAGAUCUCAAAAACAACAUAAUACCAUGCCUAAAAUUUUUCAAACAGCAUCAGCAUAUCAACAGGAGUCACCAAUACAUCAAAAUAAAUUAACACGGACUUCACCAACACCUCCUUUACCUAUUAAAAUUAAACAACCAGCUAAAAAUCUUCUUCCAUAUAAUGUUACUCCACCUAGACCAAUGGGACCAACAGAAGCAGAAAAGAAAAUUGAAGAACUAACUAGACAGUUAGAAGAACAGAUGGAAACUCAAGAAGUUGCUGUUGGUGGAGAAUAUUUUGGAAUAUGCCAUACUUGUGGUAAUAAAGUUACUGGUGCUGGCCAGGCUUGUCAAGCAAUGGGAAAUUUGUAUCAUACUAAUUGUUUCAUAUGCUGUGCUUGUGGUCGUGCACUUCGUGGUAAAGCUUUCUAUAAUGUUUAUGGAAGAGUGUACUGUGAAGAAGAUUACAUGUACAUAGGUUUUCAACAAACUGCUGAGAAAUGUUCGAUAUGUGGACAUUUAAUAAUGGAAAUGAUUUUACAAGCUAUGGGAAAAUCCUUUCAUCCCGGUUGUUUUCGGUGCUGCGUUUGCAAUGGUUGUUUGGAUGGAAUACCAUUUACAGUGGAUAUUGACAAUAAAAUUUACUGUGUUGCUGAUUAUCAUAGGAAAUAUGCCCCUAAAUGCGCGUCUUGUGGAAAAGGAAUUACACCAGUUGAAGGUACUGAGGAAACUGUACGAGUUGUAUCAAUGGAUAAAGAUUUUCACGUUGAUUGCUUUAUUUGCGAGGAAUGUGGAAUGCAAUUAACGGAUGAACCUGAUAAGAGAUGUUAUCCAUUAGAUUCUCAUUUAUUAUGCAGAUCAUGUCAUAUAUCACAUUUAAAUGAAAAUACACCUGAAUUAGAGAGUGUUUCUGCUACAUACGAAUAUUUAGAUUGAAGAUUUGAAUAGUUGGCUGUAAUCAUAAUGUGUCAACUAUUAGGACUGUUAGGACUAUUAAGAAUGGUUAUAAACUUGGGACGAAUUAAAAUUAAAUUUUUAUAAUUUUAUUUCGUUACCUAUGUUAACAAUUGAAAGAUACUUUAAGUAAAUAAAACUUAUUAUAAACACUAUUUAAAAUAACAUUAUAAUAGGGAGACCAACAGAGAACAUGACAUUUAACAUCAUACCAUUUUAUGUUUAUAGUAAAUUAAAUUAAAUUAUCUUGGCGUAUUUAUUAGUAUAAAAAAAAAUGCCACGUCCUAUAAAACCUAGUGUUUCUAAGCUUAUCAUAGGGUACAUUUAUUGAAAAUAAUAUUUAUUAGAUUGAAUAUUUUAAUAGUAAUUUUAAAAUGAACUAAUGAUUUUUUUUAAAUUUAGUAUUAGAUUUUUCCAUAGAUUUUUGUAUAUUCAUAAAUAUGUAUAAUGUGUAUAUAAUAACAUUUAACACAUUAAAUUAAUUAUUAUUAUAGUAAUUUUUAUUUUAUUAUCAUUGUGAUUCAUCUAUGUUUCUGUUAUUUCCUAUUAAAUCAAAUAUUUUAAAUAUUAUUUUUUUAUUUCAAGUAUUACUUAUAAUUGUAUACAUUUUUCGCUAAAUACUAAAUAAUUAUUUUUUAUCAGUUCAGUCAAUACACAUUACACAUAAAUAAUGCAAUAGUCUUUAUACAAUUUUUUUAUCAUUAUUCAUAUUAUCUUACCAUUGUUUAAUUUUGUUUUAUGCUAAUUACAAAUUUAGUUUUUGUAUACUAUUAUUUUUCUUAUUUGCUUUGAUAUAAUAUAUCUAACCACUUAUUGGUACUGGUCUAAUUUAAUAUGUAUUAUAAAUUAUAAUAUUAAUUAAUUCAAUUUAUUUUAGUUAAUUUUGUAUAUAUUAAUAAACAAAAUAUAAAAUUAAAAUGUGUAAACGUUUAUCUAAAUUAGUGUUUCUUAGUCUGUUAUUAUCUACUGAACUUGCAUCAAAGUUUUAUCCUUAAUACAGACAAAUAUUUAUUUUAUAUUCAUUAUACACAAUUGUGUGUCUGUUAAACCUUUUAUUGAUAGAACAAUACAAACACAUUAAUAAUAAUAUUAUUUAUUUUACUUAUUAGUUAAGUUACUUAAAAUCAGUACUUGUAUUAUUUAAUAAAGUAUAAUUUUAUAGUUAAAAAUUGGAACUAACUAUCUUAAUUUAGAGCCUAUUUGGUAUUUAAAAUCUUCAGAUUGAGAACCACUGAUUUAGUUUAUAAGUAAAAAUUAACUCGUCUGUACAGCUAAUAUAUUGGGUAGAAUGGUAGAUGGUAUAUUGAACCCAUUCAAUAGUUUAAAAAUAUACAUUUUUAAGAAUAUUGUGUAAUAACAAUUAUUAAUUUGUUGAUAUUUAAUAUUUUUAACUUGUUUCUAAUCUUAAUUUAUACUCAGUAUUUAAAACACAAACUAUACGCUUAUUUUUUUCAAUUUAAAAAUUGUUUCAUUUUCUGUUAUAUGUAUCGCUAUUGUCAUAGUAAUUUUUUUUAUAUAUUAUGAACUUUGUUGUUUGUUAUUUAUCAUUGUUUUUUUCGAAACUGUAAAUAUCGUGCAAAAUGCAAAUCAUAAUAUUAUUGAAAUAUUUUCAGGUUGUGAUAUUUAUAAUUUAAGUAUACCUUAAUUAUAGUACAUAGUUAUAUUAAUUUGUACUAUUUUAUAGUAGACAUUAAUAUUGAUUACCAAAUUUUUUUUUUUAAGCUUCUAUUUUAAUUUUUGAAACAGUAGUAAAAAUAUUUAAUAUUAUUAUGCUUUACUGUUAAAUUAUAAUAAUACAUAGUUGAUUAAGUUAAACAUCUAAUACACUUAUCGAAUGAUGGUAUGGUAUUUAAAGUAUAUGUAUCUGGAAGGCGGAAGAUUAUUAUAAUAUAGUUUUAAUUAAUAAUGCAGAUAUAUCAUAAUUAUUUUCUUUAUCCUUGCAGAAACUUGGCCAAUCUAGUUUCUAACUGGUGUUCCAUGAUUUUGUCUGUGGCAUUCUUAAAUAUUUUUGUUCUUUUCGUUGAUUCUUAAUAUUUAUACAUAACACAUCAAUUAAAUAUAUUCAUACAAAUUUAAUCAUGUGAAAAUGAUUUUACACUAAUACUAAAAAAAACUAUACAAGUGUUUAGACUUUUAGAGUUGAUAUUUCUUUCUUCUCUUUAAAAAUAUGAAAAUAAUGUUCAAUUAAAAGUUUUUU